CUCAAUACUUUGUUACGUGCCGACCUCUAUCUGAUCUCGACAAGCAAACUUCAUCCGAGAGAAAUACACUUGCCGGGCAAAGAGUGCGUUUUCCAAAACCCUGGCCAUCAUGUCGAUUGCGACUCCUGCUGCUGACGCCAACACCGCUGGCAGCACGGCACAUGUCAAGAAGCUGCCGGAUUGGUCGGUUUGGCCGCUGGAGCAGAGUCCGGUCUUGACGCAGCUCGCCAACGAUUUGCCCGAGAUCGUCAAGGCGGCGGGAGAGUAUGAUGAGAUGUAUGGGGUGAGGUUGGUACCUGCCGUUGAAGGAUCAACAACUCCCCCUCCUCUCCCGACCCUCAUCAUCCUCCAGAAAUUCCUCCGCGCCAACGAGAACGAUCUCGUCCGCGCCAAAGACCAGCUCACCGCGGCCCUGAAAUGGCGCGCCGAGUACCAUCCUCUCCAAGCUCGUGAUGAGGUCUUCGACGGCGACAAAUUCGCCAGCUUGGGUUUCGUCACCCGCGUCAAAGGGGCCGCGGAGACGGGCAACGCCGAGGAUGUCGCUACGUUCAACAUCUAUGGCGCAGCGGCGAAGGAGGCGAAGAAGGUGUUUGGUGACACGGAAGGAUUCGUCCGAUGGCGCGUCGCGCUGAUGGAAUUGACUCUCACCGAACUCAAGUUGAAUGAAGCUACCGCGCCCAUCCCGAACUACGGAGAAGGCCCGGAUCCUUACACGGCGAUCAACGUCCAUGACUACCUGUCGGUCAGCUUCUUCCGACAGCCGGCCGAGAUCAAGGCGUCGUCCUCUAAAAUUAUAGAUAUGUUCCAGCGAUAUUACCCGGAAACGGCAUCCUACAAGUAUUUCGUCAACGUCCCCAUCAUCAUGCAAUGGAUGAUGGGCGCCAUGAAAGCCCUCAUGUCCAAGGACAGCAUUCAGAAAAUGACCUGGAUGACCUACGGCUCGGAACUGCACAAGUAUCUCGGCCCGGCGGUCGCGAAGGAAUACGGCGGCAAUGGUCCUGAUCUCAAGACCGUCUCUAAGACGCCGAGGUAUGGCAAUCCUGCUGUUGCUGCGGGUGGAGCGGAGGAAGACGUGGCUGCGGUACCUGCCCCGGCUGCUGUUCCUGCCCCGGCUGUCGCUGGUGAGGAGCCUGUUCAGCCUUCGACGUGAGUGUUCGUUGGUCUUCAUCUCUGCAGGCCUACAACAUCUCUCGUCUCAUGGCUGUGUUCGCGAUUCAAAUAGCGCCGCGUUCAGUACUUAUACCCCAACCAGGCUCGCAUUUGUCAAUUAUGGAUUCGAUGCAGUGUGGAAAUUCACGUAUUGCGUGCGAUUGCAAAUGCAUACAUGCCUAUCACAUCACAUAUCGCACGGCUGUACUACUAUUCACAGUGAAACCGCCGUGAAAAUGGAUUAUUUACG